AUGUUGAUUUGGGUGCGAAACGCGCUCAACGAAGACGAGCGCGAGGGGAUGAUUUCAUCGAUGCGACACGCCACGCAAAACACGAGGUUCGCGCAGUGGAUGAACACGUGGUACAGCGGAAAGACGAACGCCGCCGAUACCGCCGCGGUUUCGUCCCAAGACGGCAUGCGACAGGUACACGCGUACCUCAGCCGUCGAUCUGGCGAUGUGGAUAAGGAAACAUUCAAGCCCGGUUGGGAAGAUAUUUUUCGCAUGAAUCAGAUCCAGCUCGAAGACGCCGUGCGCACGGUGAAUCGCGACGACACGCUCGCGCCGACGAAGAAGGCAUACUUGAUUCAAAACUUGCUCGCGUCGCGAUGGAUCGUGGGAAAUCAAUUGCAAGCGCAAAAAGAUAAGACGACGGAGCUGUCAAGCGUGGGUAGCGCACAAAAAUCGGGUGCGCCUGCGAUUCUGUGCCAGCCCGUCGACGAAGACGAGGAGAACGGCAAAGACGGUUGCAAGCAUUACAAGCGUCGGUGCAAAAUCGUCGCGCCGUGCUGCGACCAAGCUUUCACGUGCAGAUUUUGUCACGACGACGCGAGUGAUCACACCGUGAAUCGCUACGCGGUGAAAGAAAUGGUGUGUAACGAGUGCAAGAAGCGUCAACCCGUGAACGAGGUAUGCGUGGGGUGCUCGACGUCGAUGGCAAAGUAUCACUGCAACGUGUGCAACUUGUUUGACGACUCGAGCGAAGCCAUCUAUCAUUGCCCGUUUUGCAACGUCUGUCGACGCGGUAAAGGUCUGGGCGUUGACUUCUUCCAUUGCAUGAAGUGUAACGCGUGCGUGAGCUUACAGCACGGCAAGCAUGAGUGCUCAGAACGAGGCAUGGAUAGCGAAUGUCCAGUGUGCAAAGAAUUUCUUGCCGAGUCGGAGACACCGGUUAAGGAGCUUCCGUGCGGGCAUAUCAUGCACGCCACGUGCUUUACCACGUAUACGCGGCACUACUACACGUGUCCUUUGUGUCGGAAAUCGCUCGGCGACUUUUCCAUGUACUUUAGAAUGCUCGACGCCAUCCUAGCGGAUGAGAGCGACGACAGCGUUCCAGAGGCGCUGCGGGGAAAGACGCAAAAGGUGUCGUGCAACGACUGUGCGAAGGAUUCGGAUGCAAAGUUUCAUUUUGUAUACCACGCGUGCGCGCACUGUAGAAGCUAUAAUACGCGCGUGCUCACGUUUGAUUAG